GUUAUAACUUGCGAGAGAAGUUUUUGUUAAAUAGUAAGUCGGAUACAUUUAAGAAAGAAACAUCGACAAAAUGACAGAUCGCAAACGUAUAACGGAGAACAGCAGCAGCAGCAAUGUGGAACUGGAUAACUAUAGCCAAAGCUAUAGCACAGACUUUAAGCCACCCAAGAAAAAGGUAUACAAAUCGAAAAUCUUUAUAAUAGCCGUCUCAUUUUCCGCCAUUUUACUGGUGGUUAUGACAGUGGGUUUUGUCAUUCAUCACACCAUAAAUGCCAAUCAUCCCAUUAAUGGUUUAAUGGAUGAGGCCAGAGCCUUGGUUAUGGAUCUGCCUAUAGAACAGAAUGAAUGGUUUGAACGUGGCACCGAGGAGUUGCAAAAGGCUUUGAAUAGAAAGCGUAACAAGAGAAGAGCCAAGAAUGUGAUAUUGUUUGUGGGUGAUGGCAUGGGACCUAAUACAGUGACAGCUGCUCGAAUAAUGGGUUUCUCUGAGGAGGGCUUAAUGUCCUGGGAGGAGUUUCCCGAUAUGGGUUUGUUGAAGACCUAUUGUGCCAAUAAACAAGUGCCUGAUUCCUUUUCCACCGCCACCGCUUUGUUUUCGGGUGUAAAAGUCAACUAUGAAACUGGUGGCGUGGAUGCCAGUGUAAAUUUAGCCAAUUGUUCGGCUUCUUUGAAUCCGGAUCAUCAGGUUAACUCUAUAUUAAAAUGGGCUCAAGAUGAUGGCAUGUUAACGGGUUUUGUCACCAAUACACGUGUUACUCAUGCCACCCCAGCCGCCUUAUAUUCCCAUACCCCCGAUCGCCGCUGGGAAUGUGAGCAAAAUAUGCCUGCUUCGGCUCAUACAGAGGGAUGUAAAGAUAUUGCACGCCAGCUAAUAGAAGAUCUUACCGGACAAAACACUAAUGUCAUAAUGGGAGGAGGCCGUCAAAUGUUAAUGACCAAUGUGGUGGAUUCACCCACAGAUCCCAUUGAUACUUGGGCUUGUAAGUCCAAAGAUGGCCGUGAUUUAAUACAGGAAUGGUCUAAUAUCAAAACGGGACGUAAUCAGCCUCAUGCAGUGGCCCAAAACUCCGGACAAUUAGAAGCAAUUAAUCCCUCGGAAGUAGACUAUAUUUUGGGCAUCUUUGCCAAUGGCCAUAUGAAAUAUGAAUUUGAGCGUGACACCUCUCCCAGCGGCAUGCCCUCGUUAAAGGAAAUGGUCUUAAAAGCUUUGGAGUUUUUCAAAACUAAAGAUCAGCGCUUUUUGCUGGUGGUGGAGGGAGGCAUGAUCGAUCAGGCCCAUCAUAGAGGCACCGCUAAAAAGGCUUUAAGUGAGGUGUUGGCCUUCAAUGAGGCCAUUGAUGCCAGUGUUAAAUACUUGGAUGACAAAUUGGAUGAUACUAUGGUUAUUGUUACCGCUGAUCAUGCUCAUACUUUGACCAUAAAUGGUUAUGCUGCCAGAGGAGCAGAUAUAUUGGGUGUGGCCGGCAAUUCCAAGACAGAGGGCACUCCCUAUACUACAUUAACCUAUGGCACUACGUAUAAGGGCUUCCGAGCAGAUGAGAAUGGCUUAAGAAAAGAUCCUACACAACAGGAUACCACAGAUUGGGAGUACAUGCAACAGGGAGCCGUGAAUACCGAUGAAAAUUAUCAUGGUGGCAGUGAUGUGACCGUACAUUCAGUGGGUGCCAUGUCUUAUCUCUUCCAUGGCGUGCAUGAACAAUCCUAUGUGGCCCAUGCUAUAUCCUAUGCUUUGCGCAUAGGCCGUUUCCGUGACAGCUCCAUUGCUGAGUCAAUAGCUGAUAUGUUUCCUUUGUAACCAAUUCAAUUGAACUCAAAACUGAAAAAGUCUUGAAUAAUUUUUGUUUCAUCUCUCAGCUCUAUAAAAAAUUAUCUCAAUUAAUGUGAUAUUAAAGUGCAAUAGCUUUUAAAAAUAAUGAAUUUUAUUAAUAUAAAUAAAUAUAUAGUUUUUUAAACAAA